AUGUCUCCAAAAGCUUUUAAAACAAUUGAAGAAGAACUUCUUUAUUAUAAAGAUAAGAAUAGUUCGUUAGAGGAAGAGUUACUUGAAACGCAGAAUGAACUUGAAGAGUUUCAAACUUCUUCAAGGGAAUAUGAAGCAGAACUUGUUAAAGAGUUAGAAGCUUCAGAAAAACAUUUAGCCGAAUUAAGGACAAAAAAAGAAAUAUUAAAGAACGAAGUUGAAGAAUGGAAGGCGAAAUAUUAUCAAGCUAAAACUGAAUAUAAUGUAACGACGACACAAAUGCAACGUGAAUUGGAUUCACUAAGAAGCAUAGAAAAACAAUAUAUUAUUAAAACACGAGACUUGGAACUUUAUAAUGAUGAUUUGGAAAGAAAUGAAAGAGCAGCCAUAAGCUCCCUCCAAGAUUUAGAAAACAAAUAUAACAAAGUAAUUGAAAGAAAUGCUAUUCUCGAGAACGAAUUAGAAGCCAGAAACAACUUAAUUGUUCAAGUACAACGAUUAAAGGAUGAAUUACAAGAUGUUAAUAUUGAAUUGGCUAUAAUGAAGAAUAAGGAAGACGGUGAAUUUGAACAAAAUUUAUCAGUACAAAGUUCAGUAGCACAAGUACAAGAUUCAGAAGUAAUAAAUUCAAAAGCACAAAAGGUUUCACCAUCGAAAAGAGAACCGUUACAUAUUAUUUGUCCUAAUUCAACCAGACCUAUCAAAUCUCUUAAACAACAACCAGUUAAACCCACUAAAUCAGGGGAACCAAUUGAUCAAGCUAUUAAUAAGGUCAAAAUGGCUCAAGACAUGUCACUCGAAGCUCGUCUUGUAUCAUGUCGCUCUCUUGUUACACCUCUCUUAGCUCCUCCUCCUUCUUAUUCACCACCUCAUUCACCCAAGUUUGCUGGUCAACCACAGAAACGAACUUCAAUAAAAUCUAGAACUCCUUCCCUUAGUAAAGGAAAAGCAUUCCCGAUGCCCCCUAUUAAUUAUAAUCGGGUAGGAAUGAUGAACGUAGCUUAA